GCCAGAGAUGCGUCAUGGCUUAGAUCCCGUGACUUGCGACAAGAAAUAGUUGCAUCGAAAUUUAUGUCUUUUAUUUUUGAGGUUGUAGGUUCAUUGUAUCAAAAUGUUCAGAUAAAUUGCUGAUAAGGUUGGAUUGAGGGUUUUUGACCAAAGAUGGGUGGUUUUUCAUCGUUAAAUUUGUAACUCAAAAUCCAGGUGUUGCAGAAGUAUGCAACGGAAUGAUGCAAACGAUGUGAAGCAGCGUCGUGGCAGCGGUUCGAGGGACCAAAGUGGGCAGUCACCACAACAAGAAUCCGUCCAGCACUAUGUGUUGACCGGCCAAUUACAGGCUAUAACGGGUACAGGCAGGCAGACCACACUAGGUUUACUUCCCUCCGGAUCCCCAGGAGUGUCCUUGGGAAGCUCCAAUGUGGCAACCCCAGUCGUUGGUUCCAGCACACCUCUUCAGCACCAGACUGUGGUUGUGUCCUCGCAAGACCUUGAGCGCAUCUUCACAGGAGGUGCCCCUGGGACCACUACGAAUGCAACCACACCUGGUCUGUCUGCGCAGGCUCUGCAGAGACAGCUGAGCACUCAGGGUAUUGUGGGUGUGAUCAGCCCUGGCGUAUCCAGACCAGUAACUGGACCAUUCCCAGGUGGUGCCACCACUGCCCUGAUCAGACAGGCAGGUGCCACUCCUUCAGGACCUGAGUUGCAAGUUCCACCAACACUGACCCUGGUGACAGCGACAACACCCAGCGGGGCCCCAGGGGUGGGGACCUUGAGCGCCAGCGGAGCUACAGUGCACCAUCAUGGUCUGAGCCCUUCACGGGGAGCCCCACCAACCCCUCGAGCCAACCUUCAGCAACCUUCUCUCAAUAUGAGCAUUCAGCCAACUGGACAGCAACAAACCCCAAAGACUAUUGUUGCAGCAGGCGUUGCGGCGCCAACAUCUGUGACAAACUUAGUGGUUGGGAAAGUUCUACAGGAAACAAAACCUAGCAUAACUCCCCUUGGCCUCACGCACACAUUUCCCAACCUCACAGCACUAGCCAACCAGUCAGCAAUGGGGCCCUCUCCUAAGAAGAAGGUGAAGGUUGAGGAGAAGGCCCCAGCUACUGCAGAAAUUGCCAACAAUAGGAAACUAAUUCUCGACCAAAAGCACAGAGAAAUGAUAGAGAUCAAAGAAAACUACAUAGAGUACCUCACAGAGUUGUUCUUCCUUCAGAAUAGCGGCAACAUGAUGGAUUAUCACACAUGGAAGAAGCGACCCACACCCCAGCUCGUACACUUCCUGAAGUCUGGGAACCUUGACAGUGAUGAGGAGGAUGACCAUGGACAGGAGAGGAAGAUCAACAAUGAGGUGAAAGUAAUCACAUGUAGUGGUAGUAAUGUUCCCCUUGCAACACCAGUGGCCAUAUCCACCACAUUGCCACCGUCAGUGGCUGCCCUGAAUCAGCAAGGUUUUGAGACUCGGCGGCCGGGAGGUCGGCAUGGUAUGGUGUUUGGCCAUGUACAGCCGGCUCUGGCUUGCUCCUCGUCCUCCAGUGUGCCCUCCGUGCCACACACUCCUCCCACCUCUUCCUCCUCCUCUUCCUCGUCCUCACAGUCCACAGUGGUGCCGGCACAGCCUCACACGGGGCCAACGCAAACAGCACCGAGCCAAAGAACAGCUGCAAGUACAACCACCAACAGCACGACAACCCUUACAACAUCUACAGUGGCAACAGUGUCUAUGCCACAACUACAGAGUCAGAUGUCAAAGGCAGCGGAUACAAAGCCACUUGUGGUACACACAACACUCGCAACCAAGACCACACACACCACGCCAAUAUUAAGUCAGCCGUCGACAAUGAUGCGUAUGCCAAAGUCUCCUCCCACCUCUCCUGGUGAGACAGUCCGUCUUCACACACGCCAACACACAAUAUCUAACAUUUACGAUGGUUCCAUUGGCUCACAGGAGGCCAUAGUGGAGAGAGCCAAACAGGAAGCACAGGUGAUGCAGCGUGUGGCAGAACUGCGCAAGGAGGGCCUAUGGUCAUCACGGCGAUUGCCAAAGGUUCAGGAGCCACCGCGGAACAAAAGCCACUGGGACUACCUUCUGGAGGAGAUGCAAUGGCUGGCAGCUGACUUUCAGCAAGAGCGCAAAUGGAAAAAGGCUGCUGCACGGAAGGUGGCCAAGAUGGUGUCCAAGUAUUUCCAGGACCUGGAGCAAAAGGAGAUCAGAGCAGAAAAGGAGGAGGCACAGAAACUCAAGAGGAUAGCUGGACAGAUUGCCAAACAGGUCCGCGAAUUCUGGACAAAUGUAGAAAAGGUUGUGCAAUACAAACAGCAGACAAGGAAUGAAGAAAAAAGGAAGAAGGCUUUAGAUUUACACCUGAAUUUUAUUGUGGACCAAACAGAGAAAUAUUCAACCUGGUUAACUGAGGGUCUGAAGAAAGACAGCAAAGCAGGAUCAUCUGUCGGAGGGUCUUGCGUCACCACCCCAGAGCACUCGAGUGAUGGAGGUGAUGAUGAGUUUGAACCAGAAGCUGACGAAUCAGAUGAUGAAGAAACCAUAGAAAAGGCUGAAGCAGAUAUGGAUGAGACAUCGACCCAGGCAGAGUUGGAUGCCCUGCAGAAGGAAGGGGAGGUUCCCUUAGAGGAGCUGCUUAAGUCACUUCCCCAGGAAGUCCUUUCUGGGACAGCCAGUCUGACUCAGGACACUGAGGUCGAGGCAGAUGAUGAACAUGAUAAACAAGAAAAGGAUGAUGAAUUUGCUGCAAGUGAAGAAGAAGAGGUGGACGUGGAGGAAACGAUUGAGGAACAGGAAAAACUAGACAAGAAAGUUGACUAUAGCAAGGAACUGGCAGAUCUGCAGAAUGAAGGUGAUAUGAACAUGGAUGAACUUUACAAGAAGUAUGCAGGAGCAUAUGACAGUGAUUUUGAACUACCAGAGAGUGAAUCAGGAACUGAAGAUGACAGCGAUGAUGAGGAUGAAGAGGAUAGUGAAGAGGAGGAGGAGGAGUCUGAAGAAGAAGGAGAGGAGGAUAAUGAAGAAAAUGCAGACAAUAAAGAGGACGAGGUUGGACUGGACUUUCUGAUGACUUCCGACACAACUAGUCAGGAUACCCAGGCACAGGGUGAUGCUGAAGAAAAAGGUCCUGGUAAAGAACUGGUGGACAUUGCAGCAGAAGCCCAGAGUUUACAACCAAAAGGUUACACACUUCAGACCACAGAGGUAAAGACCAAGGUGCCCUUCCUCAUCAAGCAUACACUGAGAGAGUACCAGCAUGUUGGGUUAGACUGGCUGGCCACCAUGUAUGAAAAGCGUCUCAACGGAAUCCUUGCUGAUGAGAUGGGUCUGGGCAAAACCAUUCAGACCAUAGCUCUUCUAGCCCACUUAGCCUGUGAUAAAGGUAUCUGGGGCCCACACUUGAUCGUUGUGCCCACCAGUGUGAUGCUGAACUGGGAGAUGGAAAUCAAGAAGUGGUGUCCGGCCUUCAAGAUCCUCACCUACUAUGGCAAUCAGAAGGAGAGGAAACUGAAGCGACAGGGUUGGACCAAAACCAAUGCCUUUCAUGUGUGUAUUACCUCGUACAAACUUGUAAUCCAAGACCACCAGUCUUUCAGGAGGAAGAAGUGGAAAUACUUCAUUCUGGACGAGGCUCAGAAUAUAAAAAAUUUCAAGUCCCAGCGUUGGCAAACAUUGCUGAAUUUCUCAAGCCAGCGCCGCCUGUUGCUAACUGGUACGCCUCUCCAGAACAAUUUGAUGGAACUUUGGUCCCUGAUGCACUUCCUCAUGCCAAAUGUGUUCCAGUCCCACCGCGAGUUCAAGGAGUGGUUUGCCAACCCCCUCACUGGUAUGAUUGAGGGCAGCCAUGAGUACAACGAAAGCCUCAUCAAACGUUUACACAAGGUGCUUCGACCGUUUUUGUUGCGGAGGUUAAAAGCGGAUGUGGAAAAACAAAUGCCAAAGAAAUAUGAACAUGUAGUCAUGUGUCAACUGUCAAAGCGUCAACGUUUCUUGUAUGAUGACUUCAUGUCUCAGGGCAAGACAAAAGAGACUCUAGCCAGUGGUCACUUCAUGAGCGUCAUCAACAUCCUGAUGCAGCUUCGUAAGGUUUGCAACCAUCCAAGCCUGUUUGACGAACGUCCGAUUGUGUCUCCAUUCCAAACUGGGGGCAUCACUUUUAAUACGUCCUCUUCUGUCCUGGCCAUGUUGGAGUAUGACCCCUUCAAAGACGUUGACUUGCUACGGUAUCCAGGACUAGCAGACAUGGAACAAGACUUGCCUGCGUUUGUGGCACAUCGAGUAAAGCGUCUCCAAACAUCUCGCCAACUCAUAGAGGAGAUUGAUGAACAACCUGAUCCUGCUCCUCGUCUUAAACCUGGCAAACUGAAACCAGUCAACUUCAGAAGCAUAUCUCCUCUGUCGAGGAGUGUUUCACCGCUGACAAACCAGACCCCUGCCACAACUUGUACAGAUAAAACGAAGGCAGUAACAUCUGUGACUACAACCACUGCCACCUCUACUGCUCUAGCGGGAACCACCAUCUCUUCUACACCAGUGACCACACUCACUGCAGCAGUUACACCAAGGACACAGACUUCAGUGACCAUGACAACUAGCAGCGUAACACAGCCUCUCUCAGCAGUGGCCACCUCUGUAGCUGGAUGUAGUGCCAGUGUGACCAGCACACUGUCUGCUGUCCUCACUAGCAGUGGUGUGGCCACCCCACAGGCCAAGGUUGGACCCAUUACCACAGCAACAGUCAGCCUCCCAUCCUCCUCAAGUCAGGUGGCGACAUCUCAACCAAUCACAGUGCAGAUACAGCAGACAGAUCAGGGGGCUCGGCUUAUGAUACCAGCUGGCCAGCUCUCGCAAUUGCCUGCAGGUUUCAUCCAGAUUGUCCAGACAUCCAUGGGUCAACAAAUCAUUGCAUCGUCAGUGGCAACCACAGCUCAGCAGCACGUUUCUUCACCGUCAAUAACUGCAGCAAGCAGUGCCAGCCGUGCAAUCACGACCAGUAGUACAAUAGUUAAUGGUCUGCCUGCUAUCACCACCGUAGCAGCAUCCUCGGCCAGCACCAUUCUAACCACUGUGACUUCCCAGGUGAAACCGGCCAUGUCCAUUCAGCUCCCGCUGGCUACCACUACGACCACACUCAAACCUGUCAUGAAAGUCUCCCCCAUGGUAACGGCCACAGGCUCAACCACAAAUGUGGUAAAGGCUAGUGUAUCAACCACCAUAUCCAGUGCUGAGGUUAAACCCACAACGGGACCGUCCACCCGAUUGGCUAGCCAGAAAUCCAAACGACGUAUCAAAACAGAGCUCAUGCUUGACUCUGUGUGUGACAAGAGAGAGCAUCGACGACGGGAAAAGCUGGAGUAUAUUGCUCAUAUAAACAAGCUACAUUGUGAACGCAAGCCUGUGUAUGGACAGGACCUGCGCUGUACUGUGAAUGUGAUGAGUGACACGGACAAAACAUGCGUGUGUGAUAACACGUGGGCCGCCCUCGGGCAUGUGCAUUGUACAAACAUUCACUCUUGGAGCAAUCCUUACCGCCCAGAGGUCUUCUGGAAACAAACCAAAGUGCUUUCAAAUCUGGUCCAUACUCCCUUACAAUACCUACAUGAACUAGAAGACAUUUUAUCUAGAUAUGUGUUUGUUACUCCACCUGUUGUAUCACCGUGCAUCAAAAUGCAUGUGUCUCACCCUCCUCCCUCUAGCGCAAUGAAAGAGCGAUGGCGGGACUUUUUCCUCCAUAAAGACGUGUCGCCAAAGGCGAGCUGUCUACACAAAAUUUCUAGCAACAGGAUGGUGCAGUUUCCUGAGCUUCGACUUAUACAGUAUGACUGUGGUAAACUUCAAACUCUGGAUCUUUUAUUGCGGCGGUUGAAGUCUGGGGAUCAUCGUAUCCUAAUCUUUACACAGAUGACAAAGAUGCUGAACAUUCUAGAGUCGUUCCUUAGUUACCAUGGUCACCGCUACCUCAGGCUAGAUGGAACAACACGUGUCGAGCAGCGACAAUUCCUCAUGGACCGAUUCAAUGCUGACAAACGUAUUUUCUGUUUCAUCUUGUCUACACGUUCAGGUGGAAUUGGAGUGAAUCUGACAGGCGCUGACACUGUGAUAUUUUAUGACAGCGACUGGAAUCCAACCAUGGAUGCCCAGGCUCAGGACCGAUGUCACCGCAUUGGACAAACUCGCGAUGUCCACAUCUAUAGACUGAUUAGUAAAAAGACCGUAGAAGAAAACAUACUGAAGAAAGCCAAUCAGAAACGCAUGUUAGGGGAUAUGGCUAUUGAAGGAGGCAAUUUUACCACUGCCUUCUUUAAGGAGAACACAAUCCAGGAGCUGUUCUCUGAGCCAACAGGGCUGGAUUCCCUGGUGGAGCCCAAAGUGACUGAAGUAAAGAUGACGACAAAGUCCCUUGGGGGUGGGGACGAGCUGAAGGAGAUCAAAACCCCUGUGGAUGGUAAUAAGCAAACAGUGGCGCCAUCAGACAAGAAUAUUGUAGCUCAGUUUGAACAGGCAUUGGGAAAGGCUGAAGAUGAGACGGAUGUGGUGGCUGCCAACCUUGUGAAGGCUGAACAGAAGGCAGAACUUGCCGAGUUUGAUGAGAACAUUCCAUGGGAUGAGCGAGAGGCAGAGAAACGAAAGGAGGAGGAAGAGAUGUCCAAAGCAGAGCAAGAACUUGCCAUGUUAGACAAAGAGCUCUCUCCAAUUGAGAGGUUUGCAGUAACAUUUAUGGAGAAUGAAAUGAAACCUGAUGACAACCUGGAGAUUUCUGUGGAAGAGAUUGCCAACUCCAAGAAGGACUGGGAGCUAGCCCGAUUAAAGGCAUUGAAGGAGGAUGAGGAACGUCGCCUGGAACUAGAGGAAGACGAGAUGCUUUACACGUACCUCCGUGAUGACUCUUACAACCAGAUAUUCAUCUCGGAUACAGAUCAAGAACAUAUGCCGAUGUGGGCACCACCUACACCCCCUCACGAUGACAAUGAUAUCUACCUGGACCAGACCAUGUGCUUCCUGUAUGAGCCAACAGUUAUGCCAGAGUCACAGCUGCCACCAAUUUACAUCAAGAAAGAGCACAAGAAACCCAAGGUUGAGUCCAUCACAACACGUAAACAAAAACAACGAAAGGAGGAGCAGCCGAGGGUGCCCCGUUCCCUGUUCGACCGCCCUACAGCAGCUCUAUUGAGGAUGAGACGCGAGGCAAAACUUAAACAGGGUGGCCUGCUCAAACCCUUCCGCCCCGUCCCUCCAGUCCUUAACAAACCAGCUGACCAGUCAUCUGACCACCCAGAAUGGUUAAUCCACGAAGACUGGGCACUUCUCCAGGCGGUUCAAAGUCUGUUUGAUGUACCGCUGAACCUGAUGGUGGUGUCCCCUGCCCAUCAGCUCAACUGGGACUUGGUGGCUGACAUUGUGAGCAGUGUUAGUCGAGUGUAUCGCUCUGCCAAACAGUGCAGAAACCGCUAUGAGAAUGUCAUCAUUCCACGUGAGGAGGGACGCAUCCUGUACGACAUCAAUCCCCGCAAACAGAGCAAGAAAACAAAGGGAAUAUACAAGACAAAGAACAACCGUCCCAUGCGUACUAGUCAGCUGUAUGUUCAGGACGGCAACCAGGCCAUUACUAUGUUACACUCACUAAGGUUUGACUCGGCUAAGACACUGGCUGCCAAGCGACCACCCACACUCAAACAGACUCUAGUGAGCCCUACACCCAAGAACCCCAAACAUGCAGCUGUGCUGUCCGAGAGUGGUAUUACAUACGAUCAGCCAUUGGACCCCAUGAAUGUGGCUGAGAUCCGUGCUCAGAGGAUCCAGAGGGAGAAGAAACAGAAUCAAGCUGCAGCAGCUGCGACUGCAGAACAGCAACACUUGGCAGCUCGGACAGUCGCCCAGCAACAAGCUGCGGCCCCUCAGGCAACUCCUGCACCUCAAGCCUCUGCACAACCCCAGCCUGUCACUGUUACUGCAGCCAUUGCAAUCCCACAGGGGGCCGUCCCUCAAGGGGUAGUCACCCAGCAUUUACAGCCAAUCCAGACCACUGUUGCAUCUGUCAUGGCAGCAACAGCCGUGCCCAAGUCGGGAGUACCACAGGGAGCCACUACCGUGUCUCUAGCUCGCAGUGCUGUGGGAGCAACAGGCAACAUUGUAGUAAAUACCCCCAGUGGAGUGGCAGCUAACUUUGCUGCUAUCAAUCGACGUAUGAGUCAGGCUACCAGUCUAGGCCAGGCCUCCACAGUGACGGUGACUGGAACACUGAACCCAGCAAUCCGUGCCCAGCGACCCCUAACCAUUCCCAUACAGGAUAUUACUUCCAUCACCAGCCAGACUGGUCAAGUGACCCAUGUAGCGACGACAGGCCAGGUGGCACGCACACAGAUCCAGACAACAGUGCCAACCCUGACAUCUACCCAGCUGGCUCGUAUCGCUUCCACACAGGGAACCACUCUUCCCACAGGUACAGUGCAAGCAACCAUGACAAAGGCUUUGACACAGCAACAGUUAAUUGCUCUCACUCGACAACAGCGACAGACCACUUUCCAACAGCAGCCACGCAAACUUAACUUGACGCCAGAUCAAAUUAACCAGCAGAGGUUAAAGCAACUUCAACAAGGUCGCGGUGUCGGUGCUCAGAAGGUCAUAGCCCAACAGCUGGUCACUAGUUUGGCACAGGUUCCCAAGCAGAAGAUAGGCACCUCUCUUGCACGCCAGAUCCCACAGGAGCUGUUGUUGCACCAACAGAAGCUGCCCCAGAAAACGCAGGUUCAGGUGGUAGCUCAGGGCCAAGCUGGCACCCAGCUCCAGCAGAUACACAUGGCUACCACACAAGGUGGUGGGAUCCCUACAACCCAGAUUAUACAGGCUCAGGUCCACCAGGUUGGGCAGCCAGCCACACUGACCACAGCUGUCAAGACUUCCGCCGCAGGCACUCCCAUCCAGAUCACGCAGCUUCCCCAACAGAAGGCUGGUGUGGCCAAAGCUACGACCAUUAACCAACUCCAAUCAUCACAACUCAAACAUAUGCAACUGAUUAAUCCGCCAAAGCGACCACUGCAGCAGCCGUCUAAAAUAACAUCCCUAGGACAAGUGGGUAAACCUUUGCCCCUCAAUGCUGUACAGAUUAUCCAGCAGCCCUCCACUGGUCAGAAUGUCACCUACCAGCUUCAGCAGCUAGUGAAACGUAACCCUGGCAGUGGCAUGAUCAUCACGUCGCAGCCCACCAUCAUUGCCACAGUGACACAGGGCCAGCAGGGUCAACUAGUGCACAAAGUGCUCAGUACGUCUUCAACACAGUCAAGUCACCUCCAGACAAUCACAGCCGCAUCUCAUCCAGUCGCCCAUGCAACGAUCGUGACUGGCACACCACAAAUGUCUGUGGCUACUCUGAGUCUGGCAACUGCAUCAUCCCAGGCAACAAAACCUACUGUGGUGUCUACCCUGUCAGCUGACCCACGACAGGCAGUUCAGGUCCACUCUGUUGCUCCACAACAGGCAAAGAUUGCUACCAUUUCUCAGGCAGCGGCCACCUCCCAAACCAUACAACAGAUUCAGGUCACACCAGCCACCCUACAGCAGGUGCAUACCACAGUUGCAGCGCCUGCCAUCCAACAGCCACUCACUGUGACAGUGGCUCCCUCGAGCCAAUCACCUGCCCUAACAGCAACCAUACUACAGACAAUACCAGCCCCUGUUCAGCAGGAGGCACCAUCAGCUCCACAGACUGCUACACAGAUCCAAGUGACGACUAUACCACAGUCAACAGCUAAUGUUCCUCCCCAGCAGACUCUGCUGCCAGUUGGUGCUGUAACAGCACAGGCGGCAGCAGCAGCUGUGCAGGCCUUGCCCCAGGGCACUGCCCAGGGGCUUGUGAGUGUAGCACAGUCGCCACAGCAACAGGCUGCCGCAGCCAAGGGACCUUACGCAAUGAGAACUAGAAACCCUCCAAAACACUGAGUUGGAUUUUAGACAAACAUUUGUUAAAGAUAAACCAUACCCUGUCUUUAGGCUCGGAAUCUCUACAACAGCGGUAGCUGAACAAUUUGCUGUCUGCCCUGUACUUGGCGCAAGAGGCAUGCAAUGCUAUCCAACAGGAUACAAGGGAAUAGGAGAUUUGUCCUCUCAAAGACAACGUUUCCUCUUAUGUUACUAACUGUUCAUAAACUCUUUCAGAUUCUUCUGGAAAUGUGGACUGAUUGAACCCCUAACAAAACACAUUAGCUGUUUGUGGCUGUAAGUACAGAUUGUAGACACUGACUGGGUUACGUGAUGUUUAGAUGUUGUAUUGAUGUUGUUACUAGGAUGGAAGUUGUUAUGUGUAGACGAGGAAGACUCUUGGUGUUGUAUGGAUAUGUCAGUCAUAUACAAUAACCAUAAUUUGAAUUGUGUUAAAUCUAUUUGUACUGUGGUAGAUAUUUAUUUGUUUUUUAUAUGAAAUAUCUUUUAAAAAUGGGAAAAUGAUACACUUCCAUUUUUUCAAAUGAAUCUAUUCAUGAAACAUUUAUUUCAACAAACAUUUACAAGUUGUUUGAAAUGAUGUUAUGUGGUAAAAGUUAGGUCAACACAAAUAAAAGGGUAUCACUUCAAACAGCAACUUUCAACAUCUUUUGGUUGUGUUGUUAAUAUUUCAUAACACAUCAUUCUGAUGGGACGUGAUUUUGAAAAAAAUGAAUAACAAAUUUUGAUGAUGAAAAGAAAGAUACUGUACAACAGAUUAUUUCUGUGGGCUUAAAUUUUCGGGAUUUUUACCAAAAAUAAAGUAAAUUUACAUAGAUUAUAAUUUCGCAAUAAACACAUGUGAAGGAACUAAUUUUUGUCGAUGUUUUAGCACAGAAGAUGGUGCACUAGGUGUCAAAGGAAUAGGCUUUAUUACAGCUCAUUGAGUGGCAAGUAAGUGUAUCAUUAUGAUUAUGAAGUUUAUUAUUCUGUGGAUCAUAUUUAGCGACAAAGUUAUUGACCCGCCAAAUCACAAAAAUAUCAUCCCUGUGGAAAUAUCAUGCUAUACAGUAUUGUGUCUAUCAUUGUAUGUAAUAGGUAAGUCCUGCAUGAUGUAUUUAUCCCAGGUAGAUACAGAAACUUUAAUUAGUCAACAUUCAUUGUAAUGUAGGCCAAUUUUUCCAAAAAACAUUCACUCAUGAAAAACAUAAAAUAUAAAGGAGUUGGUUGCUGAAAUUAAGACUACCCAACCAUCGACACAUACCUGGUAGCUACAUUAUCAGAUGUGAGGAAAAGUACAGCUAUAAUAAUUGCAACAGAAUGUUGGUUAAGAACCAGUUUGUUCAUGAAUAGGAAUCGGUUUAGAAACCUUAACUAAAAGUGAAUGAUUCAUUGGAAAUAUUCAGUGUCCUAUACAGAUUCUGUUAUUACUGAACCCCAUGAUCUUUUAGUGCAAUCAAAUUCUAUGGAGACGGUUAACAAGUUUGAGUUGUGUAUUGUAAAACGUGUAUGUUAUAUCUUUGGAAUGAUGGGCACUACAGAAAAGAAUAUUAUUUUCCUUGAUAUCUGAUUGGCUGCAUGUGCUAGUUUGUGUAUGAUAUGAUGAAUACUCCAUAGAGGCGUAUGAAGGGCAAAUCAAUUAUGUUAAUACUUGUGGAUGUCUAGUGUAUUACCUGCAUCAUGUUAUUGACUGUGAACACACCGAUGAUGUGUUAUAAAUUAUAAGGCAGCUUUUUCUCUCGUGAUCAAAUGUGGAAUAUCCUGUAAUAAUUAUACUUAGUAUGUAAAUAUGUGAAUAAAAUCAUUUAAACUGA